AUAUGAGAAUGAGAAGGCCAUAGUGACUGAAACCAUGAUGAAGCGUCGCAACAAGCUCAAAGCCCUGAAAGAGGACGCGGCCACGUUGUCCUCACUCAGGGCCAUGUUUGCCACUCGCUGUGACGAGUACGUGACUCAGUUGGAUGAGAUGCAGAGACGGCUAGCGGUGGCGGAGGACGAGAAGAAGACGCUGAACUCUCUCCUGCGUAUGGCUAUCCAGCAGAAGCUAGCGCUAGAACAGCGACAGGAGGACCUGGAGGUCAACCAUGAGCAGAUCCGCCGCGGACGCGCUAAAACCGGCUACUCGCGCGCUAAAUCCACCCCGUCUGACGUAAGUGUCCCCGCCGGGGCUCGCGCCGAUGUGGGAGCGCCACUCGUGUUCUGCAGCGAGAAGUACAAGAUCUACUGCGACUGAAGCCGCGGCUCAUGUAUAAAGCUCAACUCACGCGCUCUUGCCUGCUCUGCGCUAACCAAUACGAUGUAUCCGCGUGUUUAGCGCUGCUAGCGUUCUCGUAGCCAGAUGCAUGAUGUAGUGCUAGCUUAGGGGCAGAAUGAUGUAAGUUUAGUCUAAGUGUGUUUCAAACCGAAUUGCACAGCGCGUUUCUAGAUUAGACGUGCUAGGGAGAGCUAGCCAUGUUGAAUUGUGAUAACGUCACAAGUCAAAAGCUAUUUGCCCUUUUUCUUCUGUCCAUCUCUCUCCUGCCUCUGAAAUCAGCAGCCCGUCCAAUCAGGUGACUCGUGUUUACAUGCCCGAACAACUGAUAUGCA